AUGGGUAUCCUCGGUAACCACAAUCUCGAGCCUUUCCUCGAACCUAUUGCCAUUUUCAACCAAUUCGUGGCGAAUGAGCCCCAGACGCUUAUUAUGAAGGAGAAAGUCCUCUCUGUCUCUGGUGAUAGCUUUGAGGUCAAGUUAGCCAGUGGGCAGUCACUUCUGAAAGUUCACGGAGCCUGGGUCUCGAUUUCCGGUCGGAAGAAGGUUGAAGACAUUCAUGGAAAGCAUCUCUUUGAUAUUGUCAAGGAGCAUCUGCACCUGCAUACGACCUAUGGGAUUGAAGACUCGCAUGGCAAGAAGAUUGCUGAGGUCAAGAACAGCCUCGCAUUGCUCGGCUCCAAAGCAACCGCCACUUUCACUGAUUCGCAAGGGAAGGCCGUGACUCUGAAAAUGAAAGGGGGCUGGUUCGACCGUACCGCCGACAUCGUAGAUGAAAGAAGCGGUAAAACUGUGGCCCGCAUCGACCGAAAGCUGCUUAGUGGCCGUGAUCUUAUAUUUGGCCAGCAGACUUACGCCGUCGUGGUGGCUCCAGGAGUUGAUGCAGCAUUGAUCGCCGCAUUGUGUAUAUGCUUUGAUGAGAAGAACAAUGAGUCGUCUAGCUAG